GUUUCCGGUUGGCGGUUUCUAUGGCGGCGGCAGCGCAAGCGGGGUGAUGUUCAACCUUCUCAGAGUUGUGAAAAUGCAGGCGCCUAUUGGACAUGCUCGGCCUUUACUCCAGCUCACAUUAGCUCUGAUAAAACCUGAUGCUGUAGCUCACCCCUUAAUCCUGCAGGCUAUCCAUCAGAAGAUAUUGGACAACAACUUUAUCAUCCUGAAGCACAAGUAUUUAAAAUGGCGUCAGGAAGAAACUCAGGCAUUUUAUGCAGAGCAUUCAGGUCGAUUUUUCUAUCAGCGCGUGGUGGAGUUCAUGACAAGUGGUCCGAUGAGAGCGUACGUCUUGGCUCGUGAGGAUGCCAUCCAGCAUUGGCGUUAUGUGAUGGGCCCAACUAAGGUGUACCGAGCACGGUACACUGCUCCGGAAUCAAUCCGUGGCACCUAUGGGCUGACAGACACCAGAAACACCACACAUGGCUCAGACUCCCCAGAAUCAGCAGCAAAGGAGAUUUCCUUUUUCUUUCCUGAGUUUAAGCAGCAGCAGUGGAUCAACAAGGAGGAGAUGUCUUAUCGCCAAGGACUAUACUUUUACCAUUCUGAGAAACAGCUACACCUGCUCAGGACACGCCAACAGCAACCAGUGCAGACUCAAGAGAGCUCACCACAGGCUGACUUCGAGGGCACUGACUGCACACUGGAUUCAAGGGCACAGAUCGAGAGGGUAGUGACCACAGGCCAAUUGUGAGGGCAUGGACUACAGCCCGGGCAUGAGAGCAUCUAUUUCUGGGUCAUGGAUUUGACUGCAGGUGAUUCAGGUCCAUUUGAUGCUCAUUGUGGUCAAACAACCUGAGCGUUCACUGUCAGUGUUCCCCAGUCAGCAAGCCCCACUCACUGGGGCCCGAGGUCAGUCUGGUUACAGCCUGCUUGCGUCCCUCUGACUCUGUUGGAGAAUUGAUAGACUACAUUCGGAUAGGCGAAGCAGGGAACACUCCACAAUGGAGUUCCAGCUUCUCACUGUCGAUCGUAACUCCGUGCAAUAACAACAGACGAACCAGCACUGAUAGAAUUGGUGUUCAUGGGCAAACUGGAGUUUGGAACUUGAACGUUCCUGACUAUUACCUUUAUCUUUAAACUGGCUACUGUGACAAUCUGACUCUCUCACUGUGAUUGUUCUGGUUAUUUUGAAUAAAAGAUUUGUAUAUUUGUA